UCAAUCUUAUCCGACCCGAAAAACCAGUCUCCUUCGGUUCCUCGUCUAAAAUUUUCGUUUCUAGGGUUUUUAGAGUUUUCAAAAGCCGCGUGCUUUUCUCAGUUAGGGUUUUCGAAUCUCAAAAAAAUGGCGAAAGAACAGCUCUCGUACACCGUAGAGCAGCUCGUGGCAGUGAAUCCUUACAACCCCGACAUCCUCUCCGAUCUCGAGAACUACGUCAACGAGCAGGUUUCUUCUCAAACUUACAGCCUGGAUGCAAAUCUUUGCCUUCUUCGACUUUAUCAGUUUGAGCCAGAAAGAAUGAACAUCCAAAUUGUAGCUCGUAUCUUGAUAAAGGCUCUCAUGGCAAUGCCAGCACCAGAUUUCAGCCUAUGUCUCUUCUUAAUCCCAGAGCAAGUGCAACUGGAGGAGCAAUUCAAGACAUUGAUUGUUCUCUCACACUAUCUAGAGACUGCCAGAUUUCACCAGUUUUGGGAUGAAGCUGCAAAGAAUCGCAGCAUACUUGAUGUUGUUCCAGGUUUCGAUAAGGCAGUUCAAAAUUAUGCCAUCCAUGUCCUUUCCUUGACUUACCAGAAGGUGCCCAGGGCUGUCCUUGCAGAGGCCAUAAACAUUGAAGUUCCCUCCCUUGACAAGUUCUUGGAGUACCAAGUAGCCAACUCUGGUUGGGCCCUCGAAAGGGGACAAGGUGGCUCUCAGCUUAUCGUUCUUCCUCGCAACGAGUUCAACCACCCUGAGCUUAAGAAGAACACAGCUGACAGCAUCCCAUUGGAGCACGUCACCAGGAUCUUUCCCAUUCUCAGCUAAACUCACAUCUGCACUUCCUCGCUUCUCUAUGCGAAUUUGAUGUGUUAAAAACUGUAUAAGAAUUACUCUCUUCUUCUUUCAUUUUUGAUGGAGCUAAGAGUUUAUUGUUGCGCUUUUAAUUAUGAUGGUUAUUUUGGCAAUUAUGAGGGUUAUGGAUUGCAAUUUUCAAUU